GCGGUAACUCUCGCGAUAUUUGCUGCCGCCAGUCGGCGGGAGCUGCUGCCGGUUACCCGCGAGGCUUUUUACCUCCACUUACUGCCGGCGCUGCUGUGUCGCCCGGAGCGUCCGGCCCGAGCAUCAUGACGUCUGCCCUGGAAAACUAUAUCAACCGAACUGUUGCUGUUAUUACUUCUGAUGGGAGAAUGAUAGUGGGAACACUGAAAGGUUUUGACCAGACCAUUAAUUUAAUUUUGGAUGAAAGCCACGAACGAGUAUUCAGCUCUUCGCAGGGAGUAGAGCAAGUGGUACUAGGGUUAUACAUUGUAAGAGGUGACAACGUUGCAGUCAUUGGAGAAAUUGAUGAAGAGACAGACUCUGCGCUUGAUUUGGGGAAUAUUCGAGCAGAACCUCUAAACUCUGUAGCACACUGAGGAAAAACUACCUACAUUGGAUAUCUGUAAAUCUUUGUACAGAAACUGAUUGUUUCGGGGCGGGUGUGUGAAUUUUUAUCAAUGUUAUUGUGGAUUUUGACUCCCUACUGACUCCUUGUAAUAUGAUGUGUAAAUUAAACUAUUUCUACAUUUUCUUGAAAAAA